GAGUCACGUGACUGCGAAUUAACUCAGGUUUGGCAGCGUCAAGCUGGAAGUGACAGUCACGUCUCCGGAAGAGCGCCAGUAAACAUGUUGAAACUUCAUAGUUUUAGUCUUCUCCCUAUAUUGAUUUUAAUUAGUAGGAGGCGCAAUAAGUUGUUCAAAUUAAUUCAGUUAAUGAUGUUUACCUUACUGUACCAUUUUUAUGACUAUUAUCAGUUCUUAAACGUGAAUGGGAAAGAGGCUUACUUCCGGUUUCAACGUUACUGCUCGAGUGUAACUUUACGCAGCUUUGAGGCCUGCUGUGUUUUCAACGGAGGGAGAGUCGAGAAGAAAAAUGGCGUCUGCAGGCGACUCGGAGCGGGACACCGGCCAUUCAGUUUAAGCUUUCCUCCUGUAAACUGAGACCCGGGCUCUGAGGGGACCUAUUGGGAACCGUCGCCGGACCCGCUAUCUUCGAUCUCCCCGUUUUUCUCCGGAGUGUGCGCUUCUUUCGAGCACCGAGAUUGAAGCGGAACACAGUCGCUUCUCUCCUACAAUGAGGGGGAGAAGAGGAAGGCCGCCCAAACAAGCAGCCGUGAUGCGGGAAAGCUCACCGGGGCCAGUCCGGGGCUCUCGGGGCGGGAGGACCAGAGGGAUGCGUGGACGGGGAAGAGGCAGAGCACGGGGCCGGGGACGAGGAGGAAGUGGCGGUGUUUGCAGCAUCGGUUCCGUGGAGGUGGAUACUGAGAUCUCCGGCCGAGAGAACUUUCAUUCGUCGCGGGGCCGUAGGAAAGUUGGAGCCUCCAUAGCAGCGGCUGCAGCGGCAUCGCGGGGUAGAGGAAGGGGAAGGGGGUCCAGAGGUGGCCGCGGCAGUAGAGGCGGAGUGAGGCGACCUCAAACCAAGGUGGUCUACGACGACAACAGCGACGAGGAGGACGAUAAUUUAAGCUACCGUUCUGACGAAGACGAAUUGAACGACAAUCCGUCGUCGGAUCUAGAAGAUGAGGAGGCCUUGGGAAACGAGUCUGACUAUCUGGAGGACCUACCAGAUGAUGAGGAUGCCAGCUACUGUACUGAGAGCAGUUUCAGAAGCCACAGCACGCUCGGGAGUACCCCAGGUCGGAAAAGGAGUCGCGUUCCGCAGCCUCGCUCUCCGCUUCCGGAGACAAAGGACAUUCCCCCCCUGGAGCUUCCCAAGUCCUCAGAGGACCUCCUGGUUCCUACCUCGCAGCUCCUCAACGUGUCCGCCGUCUACGAGGUGCUUCGUAACUUCGGCACGGUGCUGCGUCUCUCCCCGUUCCGCUUCGAGGACUUCUGCACGGCAUUGUCCAGCCAAGAGCAGUGCACGCUGCUGGCUGAGACCCACAUCUCUUUGCUCAAAGCGAUCCUCAGAGAGGAGGACACAUCUAACACCACGUUCGGUCCCGCUGACGUCAAGGACUCGGUUAACUCCACGCUGUAUUUUGUGGACGGCAUGACCUGGCCGGAGGUGGUGCGGGCGUACUGCGAGAGUGACUCGGAAUACCGUCACAUCCUGCCCCUCCUGGAGAACGAGGAUUACCCGUACGAGACUCUGGAGAGCAAAGUGAAAGUCCUCCAGUUUUUGGUGGACCAUUUCUUGGCGACCAACAUCGCCCGCGAGGAGCUGAUGUCAGAAGGCGUGGUUGCGUACGAUGACCACUGCAGGGUGUGCCAUCGGCUCGGCGAUCUGCUGUGCUGCGAGACGUGCUCGGCUGUUUAUCACUUGGAGUGCGUGAAGCCUCCCUUGCAGGAAGUGCCGGAGGAUGAGUGGCAAUGCGAGGUCUGCGUGGCACACAAGGUGCCCGGCGUGGCGGACUGCGUGCCUGAAUUGCAAAAGACCAAGCCCUUUCUUCGUCAGUUACCGAUUGGCUUUGACAGGCACCAUCGUAAAUACUGGUUCUUGAAUCGCCGGAUUGUUGUUGAGGAGGACGGUGAGCAAGAAGACAAAGCCAUCUGGUACUACAGCACAAAGGUCCAGCUGGCUGAGCUGAUAGACCGGCUGGAUAAAGAGUACUGGGAGGCCGAUCUGUACGCAGCCCUCGAGGAGAUAAGGGACGAGGUGCACACUCACAUGGACAUCACCGAAGAUCUCACCAACAAGGCUCGUGGCAACAACAAGUGUUUCCUCACCGCUGCCAAUGAUGAAAUCUUGGAGCGACUGCGAGCUAAGAAGGAGGAAGAGCUGGAGGAGGUGAAGAGACGGGCUGCCGAAGAGGCCCAGAGGGCGCGGCAGGAGAAGCAAAAGAAGGAGCAAGAUUUGGAGAAGGGAGAAGAGGAGGCCAAGCCGAAGGAUGAAGAACAGGAGGAUGGCAAGGCCAAAGAGCAGUCUGCGGAAGACGAAUCAACAAAAGAGGAGGCCGCACAGGAAAAAAACGAUGGCGAGAAGAGCAGUGUAAGUGAAACUCCGCCCUCCAGCCAAGAAGACGGCGGCGGCAGUGUCGGGGAUGUGUCAUCGAUCCCGUCGACUCCUUCACAAGCCUCCGCUGGGAGCGGCGGCCUGUCCUCCACUGUGGAGGUUCGGCUAGAACGGUGCAUCUUCGAGUCGGCGUCUAACAAAACUGAAGCAUCUGACUCCGUGCCUGUCAGUGGUGACGGUGUCCCCAGCCUGAGUCAGCUCUCCCAACCCUGUGAAGACAACAGCAACAGCAGCGUUGCCGGCGUUGCGUCCAGGGGCCCGGAGCCCCCAGACUUGGCUGAUAGAUCAUCCCAGUCAUCGCUGGCGAGCCUCGAUGACGCAGGGGACAGCAAAGACUCGACCAACAGCGAGACAACGGGCGGCGGCAAUAAGAGGUCUUCAGCGACGCGCAUGGUGACACGCCUGAGGAACCCAGACAGCAAAUUGAGUCAGCUGAAGAGUCAGCAGGUCGCAGCUGCUGUUCACGAGGCGAACAGGGGCUUUAAGGAGGGCAAAGAGGUGUUAGUGGUGAACGCCCAGGGCGACAUCACCCGGGUCAGCACGCGGAGCAGCAAGGAGGUGGUGAUGAAGGGAACCAUCAGCCAGUUCUUCAAGCUGGGUCAGGAGGGGAAGUACCGAGUCUAUCACAACCAGUACAGCGCCAACGCCUUGGCCCUCAACAAGCACCAGCAUAGAGAGGACCAUGACAAGAGGCGACAUCUCUCCCAUAAGUUUUGUAUGACGCCAGCAGGAGAGUUCAAGUGGAACGGGUCCAUUCAUGGCUCUAAGGUUCUGACUAUCUCCACGUUAAGACUCACCAUCAUCCAGCUUGAGAACAACGUUCCGUCUCCUUUCAUGCAUCCAAACUGGGCCUCACACAGGACCAACUGGAUCAAAGCAGUUCAGAUGUGCAGUAAGGCCAGAGAGUUUGCACUGGCUCUGGCCAUUCUGGAGUGUGCCAUCAAACCGGUGGCAAUGCUGCCUGUCUGGAAAGACUCACUGGGUCAUACCAGGUUGAACCGCAUGACGUCCAUGGAGCGUGAAGAGAAAGAGAAGGUGAAGAAGAGAGAAAAGAAGCUGGAGGAUGAGGAGACAAUGCAACAAGCAACCUGGGUCAAGUACACCUUUCCAAUCAAGCACCAGGUGUGGAAGCAGAAGGGAGAGGAGUAUCGUGUUACAGGCUACGGAGGUUGGAGUUUUAUCAGUAAGACCUACGUACCUCGGUUUUCCCCAAAGCUUCCUGGAAACACCAACGCCAACUACCGCAAAGAACUGGAAGAUGCUAAACUGGGCAAGAGAUGUACCUUGUUGGACUUGAGCCGACGACCCAGUUCAGUUGCAUCGAGAGCUCAGGACGGUCCCGCGUCAAGCAGCGAAACCAAGGAUCAAGACUCCACGGGUCUCUCCAGAAAACCUGCUGAAGACGCGGAAUCUGCAGAAAGGAUGGAGCGAGACGAGAACGAAGAACCAGAAGAAAAGAAGCCAACAAGUUCACCUGUAAAGAUUGAAGGGGAUCCCACAGACUUCACGUCAAAGGAACAAAAAUCCAGUAUUCAGGAGAACAAAGCUGCCAUAAAAGAGGAGCCUUUGGAUCCUUCUCGGCGCCCCUUCAACUACGACGUUGUAGACGUUGGCAAGGGCUUCCUCACCCGUGUUGCUUACAAGAAGAAAGUGAAGACCUCCAAGCUGGAUAGCCUGCUGGAGCGCAGAGUGAAGCAACACACAAUAGAAGAGAAGCAGAGGCAGCAGGUUUCCGCAUCCAGAUCGCUGGCCCCAGCGCCGGUUUCUCCCUGUUCAGCCCCCAUCCCAAGCACUCCAGUCCGGCCUCGGUCGCCACUCAAGCCGCAGAAUCUCGCACAGACAACACUUGUAAACAAGGAAGCUGUGAAAGUGGAAGAGAAACUUUCUACGGCACAAACAUUAGGGCCAACAAAAGCUGGAGGAAAAGAGGAAGGAGAGAGUGUGACUGAACUCUUGAGAACUUCUCCUUCCUCUGUGUCAAACCGCAGCCCCAAAAACACUUGUAAUACAGGUACAGGUGAAGGUUCACCACAAAGUCAAACUGCCUCUAUGCUCCAGGAAAACUUGGAGGAAAGGACUACAGGGCACAAAGAAAACAACUCUGAAGGUUCUGGACAAGAAGCUAUUAAGCUGUCAGAUGAGCAAGAGAAAAAAGUGAGGGGGUCUAAAAGCUCUUUAGGGCAACAGACAGCCUGUGUUGCAUCAGAUGUAAUCAAGGAUGAACAUUCUUUAAAUGCAGAGUCCAACUCUGUGAUAACACUUCCAUGUGUUGUCGACCAAAAUACCAGCGAAAACGGAUCUCCUGUUAAAACUUCAGACUCUCUUGAUUCUGCUCACUCAGAGGAAAAUGGGUUUGGGCCAGAGGAGAACCAAGGAAACUCGCAGGGCUUUGGACACAACGGAACCAUAGGGGAAGACACUUCCAAGCUGGUUUCGCCCGUGCCUCAAGUGAACGGAAAUGGCGGUUUGGUUGGCGAAAACGUACUGAGUAACUCUGUAACGAGCUUGAACAAUGGUGUGCUGACUGACAGACCCCAGCCCAACAUGAACAGCAUCGGGAAGGCCGAGGAACAAAGGCUGGUGGUCUCGUCGAAAGAUGGCGCACAGCAGAAGCCUUUAGUGAACGGAGACUUGACCUCGGUAAACACUACGGCCAAUUUAAAAGGAAAAGAGGCACAUUCGGAUUCAGAGGGAAAGAUAACUACACUGGACCAGAAUUACAGCCCUCCGCCAAAGAUGGCAAAGCUUGAGAACAGUACAGACAAAUUUGGAGGCAACGCCGGGAGCAAUCUGGAGAACGAUAGCACCUCGGCUUUUUAUCCCGAGGAGACCAAAAGUGCUCCUGCCGUGAAGAUCAUUAGAAUGGCUCCUUCUCCCAUUCCUUCACCAGAGGAGUCCAGUCUGAGCGACGACUUUGCAGAGGAGAACAGCAACAGUGGAUCCGCGGAUCCAUUCAAGACCAUUAUCACUCAGGUAACCACAACCUCCACCACAACGACAGUAGUCUCCACGGAGACGAGAACGGCAAAAAGCCCAGCCGAGUCCACGGCGUCUGUGGUGACGACGAAGAGCAGCGCAGUUUCGACCCUUUCCAGCAUGACCAAAACGACAGUGACCAAAGUUUGCUGCUCUGGACUCGACGAUCUGUCUGAGGACAGCCAGAGCAAAACACUGGUGCAGGAGCAGAGAACGAUGCACUCGUCCUGCACCCGGGAAUCUGGCGCAGGUGGUAAAACUACCAUGUCGUCUCUCUUCAUGAGCCACGAAGAGAGUUUGACGACGAAAGGACGCGUGCGCCUUCUCAAAUUCUCGCGUACGAAGAAACUGCGCUCCGACACAGCUCUUCCUUCCUACCGCAAGUUCAUCACCAAGAGCAGCCGGAGGAGUAUCUUUGUUCUGCCGCAUGACGAUUUGAAGGUGCUGGCGAGGCGAGGAGGAUUCCGCGAGGUGCCGGUGUUCAGUUACAACGCCAAGCCAGCCCAGGAUAUCUGGCCGUACCCUUCACCCAGACCUACGUUUGGCAUCACUUGGAGGUACCGGCUGCAGACGGUGAAGUCCCUGGCUGGAGUGAGCCUCAUGCUGAGGCUCCUUUGGGCUUGUUUGAGGUGGGACGACAUGGCCGUGAAACCGUCUGCCGCCGUAGGCACGACGCGUACAGCCCUAUCCCCACUCAUUGCAACAGAGACCUCGGAUACUGAAAUCACCACCACCGAGAUCAUAAAGCGGCGUGACGUGGGACCCUACGGCAUCCGCUCAGAGUAUUGCAUCCGCAAAAUCAUCUGCCCUCUCGGAGUUCCCGAGACGCCAAAAGAAACACACACUCCUCAGAGGAAAGGUCUGCGCUCCAGUGCUUUGCGUCCCAAGAAGCCCGAGCCCACGAAGCAGACCGGCCCAGUGGUGAUUGAGACAUGGGUGCCUGAGGAGGAGCUGGACCUCUGGGAGAUAAGGGCCUUUUCAGAAAGGGUGGAGAAAGAAAAGGCCCAGGCAGCAGAGCAAGCCAAGAAACGUCUCGAGCAGAAGUCCGGCUCCGUCACAGCCACGGCGGCCGGGACUCCCGCCGCGCCUGCCGCCACGCCCAAAGUCAUCGUCGGCUCCAUUUCCGGCCAGGGCACCCCCACUGCCAAGGUGGUGCUGUCCACCAAGAUGGGCAGUCCUGUCACAUUCCAGCAGAACAAAAACUUCCAGCAAUCCUUCGCCACCUGGGUCAAACAGGGUCAAAGCACGCAAGGAUCAGGCGGCGAGACCCCUGUCGCCACUUCUGGUGGGCAUACUUUACACAUCACAGGGACCUCAGCCAGCGGAAAAGUCGUGACCGCGAAGCUGCCGCUCCCCGCAAACAGCAAGAUCGUCACAGUCAACGUGCCAACGACGCAGGGAGGUGUGGUUCAGCAGAAAGUGCUGGGGAUCAUCCCGUCCAGCACAGCAGGCGGCGCCCAAACCUUCACCCCAUUCCAGCCCCGCACGACCACCCUCAAUAUCAAGCCCAGUACUCCCGGCUCCCACCAGCAGGUUCUCGGUGGUGGUGGUCAGAUCCGUCCAGGAAUGACAAUGAUCCGAACCCCAAUCCAGCAGUCUGGAGCUGUUGGAAAGACCAUUCUCCGCACGCCGCUUGUGCUCCAGCAAGGUCAGGGCGGACAGCAGGUAGUGACACAGAUCAUCCGUGGCCAGCCGGUUUCCACAGCAAUAUCGGCUGCCGGCGCAGUCACUGCGGUAACAGCUCAGGGAGUGACCGGCCCCAACUCCGCGGGACAGGCAGCUGGCCAAACACCGCCCGGCACCCCGCGGGCGCCAGGCCAGGGCCAGGUUAAACUCACCAUGGCCCAGCUCACACAGCUCACACAGAAGCAACAAGCUGGGUCUGGUUUGGAGCGACCAGCUGGUGUUGGUGGUUCACAGGCCCUGACUGUGAUGGUUCAGGGCCAGGGUCAGACCACCGGCCAGCUGCAGGUCAUACCCCAGGGGGUCACGGUCAUUCCAGGACCCGGCCAGCAACUCAUGCAAGCAGCCCUGCCGAACGGCCAGGUGCAGCGCUUCCUCUUCACCCCUCUACCCUCCGCCGCCACGCCCACAUCAAGCACAGCCACUUCAUCUCCCAGCCAGCCCAACUCCACGUCGAGCAAAACCGCAACCCAAGCCGCGCAGCAGGCCGCCGCUCCAAUCCAAGUCGGGGCAACACCUCUCUCCACCACCACCGGGGGUGGCGCUUCGUCCACAACCCAUCAGGGCCAGUUGCCCCCUCAUACCCAGGCCCACAUGCCUGUCCAGUCCCCAACUUCACUGCAGGUCAAAGGUCAGGGGGGAACUACACAGCUUCAGCAGACGCCCCAGCUCAUCAGUGUGUCCGGACUCCCACAGCAGGUUCUGGCACAGCUCCAGGCCCAGCAGGGUGGAGGCUCUCUGCCUCAACACAUCAAGCUGCAGCUUCCCAUCCAGAUACAGCAGAGCGGGACCACCUCAGCCCAGGGAGGGCAGAUUGGAAACGUCGUUACCAUCCAGACGGCCUCGGUCCAAGAACAGCUGCAGAGAAUCCAGCAGCUCAGAGAGCAGCAGCAGCAGAAGAAGAGGCAGGCGGCAGACGCCAAGAGGGAGCUCGCCCUCAAUGCGGCCAACCAGAGCGACAUCAUACAGAAGCAGGUGGUUAUGAAACAAAACGCUGUGAUCGAGCAUCUGAAGCAGAAGAAGACCAUGACACCUGCAGAAAGAGAAGAAAAUCAGAGGAUGAUUGUUUGCAACCAGGUGAUGAAGUUCAUUCUGGACCGGAUAGACAAAGAUGAAAGACAGGCAGCUAAGAGGAAAAAGAAGGAAGAGGUUGUGGAGGCCAAGAGGAGGAUGGCUAAUGCUAGCAAGCUUUCCGCGCUCCUUUACCGACACAAGGAGAGCCUCAAGAUGGAGAUACUGAAAAAACGAGCGCUUCUCGACAAGGAGCUGCAGCUGGAGGCUCAGGAGGAGCUAAAGAGGGAUCUGCUGCGGAUUCGGAGAGAGAAGGAAAAGGAAAAGGCUCAGGCUGCGGCCCAACAGGCGGCCCAGGCUGCCGCAGCAGCCGCCGCCCACAGUCAAAAGCAGCAAGCUGCGGUUCACAAACACGGCGUCUCCUCCCAGCAUCACCUCGCCACCGCCGUCGCCUCAGCGCACAAGAGGAAACGGGAGGAAGAGAGGGAGAUGGUGUCGGCGGCAAAGUCCAAGAAGAAGAAAAUGAUCUCGACGACAAGCACAAAGGAGAGCAAGAAGGAUACAAAGCUCUACUGCAUCUGCAAGACGCCCUACGAUGAGACCAAGUUUUAUAUCGGCUGCGACCUUUGCACCAACUGGUAUCACGGUGACUGUGUGGGCAUCACGGAGAAGGAAGCCAAAAAGAUGGACGACUACAUCUGUGUGGAGUGUAAGCGGGGCCAAGAGAGCAGCACGGAGGAGCUGUACUGCAUCUGCCAGACGCCUUACGAUGAGUCCCAGUUCUAUAUCGGCUGCGACCGAUGUCAGAACUGGUACCACGGUCGUUGUGUGGGCAUCCUGCAGAGCGAGGCGAACCACAUCGACGAGUAUGUGUGUCCGCAGUGUCAGUCCACCGAGGACGCCAUGACGGUCUUCACCCCGCUUACCGACAAGGACUAUGAAGGCCUGCGACGGAUACUGCGCUCUUUACAGGCACAUAAAAUGGCUUGGCCCUUCCUGGAACCAGUAGAUACUAAUGACGCCCCUGACUAUUACAAGGUCAUCAAGGAACCAAUGGACCUGUCCACCAUGGAGGAGAGGUUACACAAGCGGGAGUACGUCAAGCUGACCGAGUUCGUAGCAGACAUGACCAAAAUCUUCGACAACUGCCGGUACUACAACCCCAGCGACUCGCCGUUUUACCAGUGUGCCGAGGUUCUGGAGAACUUCUUCGUCCAGAAGCUCAAAGGCUUCAAAGCCAGCAGGUCACAUAACAACAAGCUACAGUCAGCCUCAUCUUAGCUUCUGCUUAAAAUCCCAGUGUCAAAAGUCGCAUCUCUGAUUGGUUAGGACGUGUUGUCAGCGGACCCCUCCCCCGCCUAUCGCUGUCGCCCCGGCCCCGCCGUCCACCACCUGACGCCGUUUCAUACAUCCACACCAGUCAUUCCCUCCAGCGAACGAGAAGGAAGAUGGGAACGAAGGAGACGAGAUGACGGGUGAAAUUAAGAUAAUUGGAUGUGGAAUGGCCGCCUAACCUCACAGAUUCCUUCUGGAUGAUUCAGCUUUACGUGCUGAAAGUCGGUCGGAUGGGUUCACGGUGUCGGAUCGCGUUUAACAGAGCCUAGCAAAAGCAUUCCUACCCCCCUUUUUGAGUGUUUGGUCACAUCUACAGACUUCAGUCUUUUCUGUUGGGAUUUCACGCGACAGACCAACAUGGGGAAGGAAGCACAUCGUCGUGGUGGGAAACCAAACUGUUGAGAGAGUCAUUCACACGCCUUGUAGGUUUGGGUUUAAAACGAUCGUUUCAUUUUGCAAACAUGUUUAUUUUGGCUGGAAGUAAUUUACCAAAGACCUUCAGACGUACAAAAACCUGGUCAGCAAUUAUAAUAAGUGUCUUCAUUUUUAAUCCCAUUAAAAUGAGCUCCACUGGUAACUGGGAAGAUUAUGAAAAGGUGAACAAAAACCAAAUUUUAAUAUUUUUUUCUAUGAUUUACAUUCUCAAAUAUGCUGGUUGUAUUUCCUUUACGUUUUUCUACAAAUUUUCAGUUGGCUUUAGGUCUGGACUUUGACUAGGCUAUUCUAGCACAUGUAGCUGUGUGUUAAGAGUUCUUGUUCUACCUCAAGGUGAACCUUAACACUCUAAAGUUUUCUGCAGUUAUUUUUUAACUUGGCUGUCCCUGCUAAAGAAAGCCAUAAAGAACACAGCAUAAUGGUGCCACCACUGUGUGUUAUCAUAGGGAUGGUAGGACCAGGCAAUGGAUUUUAUCAAUAAACUAAAAGUUUUUGUUUUUGUAGAUUCAAUUUUGGGAUUUUGUUUGUUUUGUUUUUUUUAAUUCCAACUAUUCACUCCUUGAGUUUCCAGUGAUGUAAGCCCAUACAAGAACUACAAUCUCUUUGUACAAGUCUGCUUUACAGAUUCUAUUUACUUGGACUUUGAAUUGAAAUCAUCUAACAAAUUGAAUGAUAGAAAAUAUCUUUAUGAAAACUUUUUUAUUUCAGUCAUCUGUAAAAGAAAAUGUUAACCCACCUUCAGCUUUAAGAUAUGGGGUCAUUUACUCUGUCCAGCGGGGUCGCGCUGUGUAGUUUCGGGAACUGACGGUCUGACGGGACAAUCCGCCCAGCUUCAUGCUAUCUGACUGUGACGUUUGCUGCGCUCAUCCUGAGCGCUGCGUCAAGAUCACGAGAGGGAACAAAUUUGAUCAAAAUUGAGUUUGGUAUUAAAAAGAAAAAAUAGAUUUAAUUUUUAGUCCACAUCGCCGAGCCCUAGGUUAGGGUAUGUGCAGAGUUAUUUUGUUCUUUUUCUCUACACAUAGUGUUUCAUGAACUAUUAGCAGUUGAGAGGUCCAAAGUAAGUUGGGGGUGGGGGGGAAAAAACUAAAACUGGGGCAUGACAAUUAUCAAGUUGGUCUGUUCAAAGAAAUCCAGAUAAAACGCACUGAGGUUUGGUUUUGUGAUGUAGCAAAAGCUGAAAAAGGGAGUAUAAAUACUGUUGCAAGGCAUUGCGUAGUUGUUAAACUACUCAAUAAUUAUGCUCUGUUAUUUCUUCAAGUGUUUUAGUUUGACCUUGGCACAGGUGUGCAGGUUUGCAUCGAGCAUGAACCCGAUGCAAAUGUUUGACAGCGCAGCCCCCAUCAGAGCAGUCUGAUAGACGAAGUGUGUGUUUGUCAGAAGGCUGAAAUGCUUUCAUGUUACUGUCCAGAGGGAAACGACACCGGACAGAUCAUCCCACCCACCUCAUCCGGCCUCUUUUUUCUUUUCUUUUCUUUUUUUUUUUUUUUUUUUUGACCUUUUUUCCAUAUGCGAUGCUCUGAAAUGCAAGUCAAAAACUGUCUGUGUUUGAAAGGAGGAGGCCAUUUAGAGAAAAUGAAUUGUGUGAAAGGCUGAGAGUACUGUAGCUCCCUCCAUUAUGAGUCUCAACAAAUCUGUGUGUCUGAAGCUGACAGGUUGGCUCGCAUGCAUCUCUCAACUCGCUCUCUUUCUCUGUGUGUGUGUGUCUGGUUAUGUGUGUGUGUGUCUGGUUAAAGUAAUUGGAUAAUGAACUUCCCCACUCAGCAUCAGCUCAGUUAUGUCGCGGUCUGCGGCAGCGUGACUGGGAGUCAAACCUCAAACAACGACCGACUGGAGUCUUUGUAUGAAAAUUUUAUAGCUGCGUUUUUUCAAGCAUAUCUGGGAACUUUUUUUUUUGUGUGUGUGUGUGAGAUUUGUCCGUUUUCUGUUUUUUGUGUGUGUUUUGUCCGUUUUCUGGGGGGUUUUUUAAAGAGAAGAAAGUUGUGCAGCGGUGAUGUCUUUCGAUUUAGAUGUGUCAAAGAACGAUGGAAACUAUUUUUCUCUCUGUUUUGUUUUUCUUCAGCAUUUUUUAUGUGUGGAAGCAGAGUUGAGAGAUGAUGUAGCUUCUGUCUCCUUUUUUGUCUUUCAACCGAAUGUUUGUUACUUUGUUAUAAGAUGAUGAUGUGCUUUAUUUUCUGUUUGUAAUCGCUAUUGUAUAUUAUUGCUGUCUAAAUAUGUAGAGAGAGAAGAUUUUUAGAGCAGUACAACUUUUAUUUUUGACUAUUUGAACCAGCAACCAAGUCCUCCUGUAAAUUUAAACUACUUUUUUUCCCUCUUUUAUUUGUAGUGGACUCUGUUCUUAAGGUGAAAUUGCCCUUUAUAUAAGAAGUGCUGCACAUUGUGAGCAUAUCGGUUCUGAUCCAGUCGAGUGGCACGAUGACUUGUACAGAUUUUUCUUUCUCUUCUUUUUUGUAAAACAAAAAGUCGGCAUAACUUCUAUAUUGACGUUGCAUUUCUUGUUUUAUUUAUUCAGACUGACGGAAAAGUUAUCCAUUUUUUUAAAAACAACAAAAAAAAAGGAGUAUCUUGAGGAAACGUAACUGCAGAUAAAAAGCACUCUAUGUUUUUAACAGACUGGCCACUCUGAAAAAACUCUCUUUUGUACUUGAUAGGACAUUUCAUCCUGAAUAAUAAUAAAAGUCAACUUUUUUUGA